AGAGGAGGCUUCAAGAAGUCGACUUGGAGUUCGCCCAAGAACCGUCGGUUGCAUAAGGGCCAACCCAUCGACUGGUGACCUUCGAUUUAGGCAGUGACCCCCCUAGGGAUUGGGCACCGCAUUGUCAUAAAGCGGGCACGUGCACUACGUUGAUAGCGCGAACUUCUGAGAUAGCCGCCAAAAACGAAAGCGGUUUCAAUUGUAUUUCUUUAUUUUUCUAUAAUUCUGGCGAGCGGCUCGCGUUACAUUGACUUUUCGCUGUGUUGGUGCGGUUUUUCGGCUGCCCCGGGGCGGGAAAAAGAAACGUUUGCAGAACGGAACGCUGCAGUGAACCGUAGACCCAAAGUGCACUCGACAAGGGCAUGCAUAAUCGAAAAAUGCGACGAAUUUCAGUUAUCGCUUGUAAUGCAAUCUGUGUUCUGCGCAGCUUUAAAAGUGUAUUACAAUGUUGCUGACCAGAUACUAAGAAGGGAAAUUGGACUCGGAAUCGAGCAUGUUUCCACGAUAGCUCGGUGUUCGUAACCUGAAAGCUAUGUAGCUAUGAUAUUUUCUUUGGAUAUUAAUUUGAACCUGUUAGCUCAUGAAACCAUAUAUUGUUAUGGUUCUUCGUUUACUGAGCUUGCAAUUUAAUCCAAUUUAAAUUUUUAGUUUGCUAACUAUGGUGCUUAUAAUGUGACUAGAAGUGUAUAGAACAAAAGGGUAAAUUACUUAAAGAUGCAUCUUAACUUAUUUGAAAUAUUUCAAGCCCAAAUCAUUAUAAUUCCCUCAGCUUAUCUCUAGAUAGACCUCUAGGCAGAUCUUCCCUAGUAACUCUCCCUCAAGAUCUUGCACUUCGUGCCUUUGUCUCCCAUUUAGUUGGGCUCUGGAUCCCCUAGACAAUGUAAACUGCAUUUUCAUUUGCCGGAGGUGCAAAUAGCGAUAAACGUGUCCAAAUAUUUGGCCAGCCAAUUCUGUCAGUCUGCGAUUAUUUUCCGGGAUGGCGAAACGCGAGUGGCAUUUCGGCUGGCGGUAGUCAACAGCAUAUUUGGGUGCAAUGUGGCUGACUGAUUACGGAGUGCACUCCACAGAUCUAUUCCUCUCAAACACAAUGUAUAUUUGCAGGCAGCACUCCGAACCCAAUCGUAGCUAUCAGCAGCCAUGGCUGAGAAUGAGCCGCUGAACGACCUGCAGAGCCAGGUGAAUGGUCGCAUCCUGCCCGCCAAUGGACACACUGCACCUGCGACCAACGGCCUGGUGCAUGCGAAUGGCAAGGAUGCGUUGAAGCCGCCUGCGUCGGCUCAGAACGGGAACGCGAACGGGACACACAUCGAGGCGCCCUGCUGCCGGGACAUACAUGGCAAGGAGCCACCGGACGGAGGAGCCCGCGCCUGGCUGGUCAUGGUGAGCGCCUUCCUCUGCAACGGCAUCAUCUUCGGGUUCAUCAACACCUACGGCGUGAUCCAUUCGCUGCUGACGGGUAGGCUCACAAAGCUCGGCGAUCCGGAGGCAUCCAGCAAAGCGGCUCUGAUUGGAGCCCUGGCCAUCGGCACCACAUUCCUCUUCUCCACAAUGGCUGGCUGCCUGACCGACAAGAUUGGACUGAGGCUGACCACAUUCGCCGGCGGAGUCCUCUCUGCAGGAGGACUGCUGCUGUCCUCCUUCUGCACGGAGAACAUCGGCGCCCUGUACUUCACCUACGGGAUCAUGUUUGGCCUGGGCGCCGCCCUGGCCUACACGCCCACACUGGCCAUCCUGGGCCAUUACUUCAAGCGCUACCUGGGCAAGGUGAGUGGCUUCGUGACCGCCGGCUCCAGCGUUUUCACUGUGAUACUGCCGCCCUGUCUGGACAAGCUCCUGGGCAGCUAUGGUCUCGAGGGUACCCUGCGGAUAAUGAGCCUCGUUUCCGCCUUCAUUAUACUCUGCUCCUUCGUGUACAAGCCACUGCAUCCGCCACCGGAGCCGCCAAAGAAGAAGCCCGGCAGGUCGCGCAUCAAUCUCUUCAUGCGCUCCAUAAUCAACGUGGAGAUCUGGAAGCGCAAACGCUUCGUCAUCUGGGCUCUUUGUGUGCCGCUCGCCCUGUUCGGCUACUUCGUGCCCUAUGUGCACAUGAUGCAGUUCGUGAAAACCACAUUUCCCGGCGAGGAUGUCAACCUGCCGGUCAUGUGCAUCGGCAUAACCUCCGGCAUCGGGCGUCUGAUUUUCGGCGUCAUUGCUGAUAUGCCGGGUGUAAAUCGCAUGUACCUGCAACAGCUGUCCUUGGUGUCCAUUGGCCUGGUCACCUUGCUGCUACCGCUCACCAACUCGUAUGUUACCCUCGUCUCCUUCACCCUGGUUAUGGGGCUCUUUGACGGCUGCUUCAUUUCUCUGCUGGGCCCAAUCGCCUACGAGAUCUGUGGCCCCUCGGGUGCCACACAGGCCAUCGGCUUUCUGCUUGGCCUCAGCUCCAUUCCGCUGACAGUGGGCCCUCCGGUGGCGGGCAUGAUCUUCGACAGCACGAACUCCUACACAUUGCCGCUGAUCCUCGCUGGACUGCCCCCGCUGCUCGGCUCCUCGCUUUUAUUCCUCAUUAAAUGCGUCAAGGAGGAGGAGAACGGGGUCAGUGCACCGCGAGCGGUGGUCCUGGCCAAUGGAGACAUCGAGAUUGCCGGCAACGGCCAUUAUCGGUCUGCUGGCACCAAGUCCAGUGCACCGCUGAUGGGUGCCACCAAAGGUGUCAAUGGAACCGCAACAGCAUCCCCAACUAUCCAGAGCAAUGGACACGUGGACAACGGAACUGGUUCGUACCCCGACUCACCUUGGCCUAGCCCCACUCGCAUCUCAGACUCCGCCGCCUGCGACCACACUAACCCGGGCACUCUGCUGCCCAGCUGCUCACACACCGCCCUGCUGUGCGGGACUCCUGGCGCUAGCAAGUCCCUGCCCCUGAGCGACGACCCCAAGAGGCGUCGCUAUAGCUACUCCAUCUACUAACCCACUCACUGCCUAGUUGCUAGCUGCUAGAGCUUCUCUGCUUGCUGCCUGUUGUACUCUGCCUUCCUGGUGUGGAUCGAGUUUGUAAUCGAAUAGCAUGACUAAGACGCACUUCUGUCCACUCCACAUUCCGAGCACCUUGUUUCUAACCCUGCACCUGCAUCCCUUGCACCCCCAGCACCCCAACACCCCUAAGCCCAUUCCCAUAGUACCCAAUUGCUUUGUAGAUCGUAAGCCUCAUC